GAAGUCUUUAGGCUAUAUUUCAUCGGCCACUUUCCUAUAAUUCCUAUUAUCUAUUUGCAAUCUCUUUCCUCUUUCUCUCUUUUGUGUUUCCUGCUUGAAUUAUACCUACAUAUGGCUCCUAGUAAAUGAGGUUUCACUUACUGAUAGUACAAUAAACAGAUUGCUUAAUUCUCAUACUAUUACUACUGUGAAUUUGUUUGAGAGUAUAUUAAAGAGAAGUGUUACCAAUUUCUAUAUAUGACCAUGCAUACAAUAUUUACCAAAGGGAAUGAAACUGCAACUUGGUGGGGCACUACUGAAUUCACUACUUCCUCUGAAUCUCAAUCAAGUGAUUCCAAAUCUUCAGAAAAGGCAGAAAAGCUUUCAAAUGUUCUGGAUGGUGUUUCAACUAAAUCAUCUAAUAUGGACUAUCAAGGUCACUUUGAGCCCCUGAUUUAUGCAAAGUAUCCUUAUGGAGAGAAGUGCCUUGGGUUAUUCUCAACUUAUGGUUCUCAAGUUUCGGGCCGUAUUAUGCUACCACUGAAUUUGACCUCUGAUGAAGGCCCCAUAUUUGUCAAUGCAAAGCAGUAUCAUGGGAUACUGAGGCGUAGAAAGUUUCGUGCAAAGGAAAUGGAGAAUAAAUUGCUUAAACCGCGCAAGCCGUUCUUGCACCUCUCACGCCAUCUCCAUGCCAUGCGCCGACCUAGGGGAGGUGGUGGUCGCUUCUUGAACACAAGGAAGAUGAAUGGAAGUAUCAAUGAUGAUACAAAUGGUACAACCAAGACUAGUAACAGGAAAUCUCAACCCACUGGAUCACAGAAUUCUGAAGUUCUGCAGUCUGAUCAUAUAGGCAAUUUUAACUCGCCAAAGGAAACAACAAGCAGAAUGUCCUGUAAUUCAUCAGAGGUUACUAGCUUCUACUCCAGGGGAAAUCUUGAUACUUAUCCAGUUAACAAUCCUAGGCCAUCAGUUCAGGCUUUUUUUGAUAUGAUGAAUACUGGCCAUGAUAUUCCCAUGGGCAGUAAGUGGGGUUCUGCAGCAGCAGAUAGUUGCUGCAACCUCAACAUUUGAUAACGUCGUCCUUACUACAACCAAAUUGACAUAUAUAUAUGGUCCUAACACGAUUUGGUUGCUAGAAUAGGCAGAUCAUCCUUGGCUAUUGACAGGCAGUUCAUCCUUGGCUUAUCCGCAUUAAGGUGUCGCCUCUAUCGUUCCAUUAGCUAUCCAGCUACGUGGAAAUUACGAGGUGCUAAAACCUUAAUGCAGUUUACUUAUAGCAAUAGUAGGAAUAUGUAUCCUAAACUCUAAAUAAGUUAAUGUGAAGGUCCAAAUAAUCAGGUUUGCGAUGUUGUGCAUAUGUUGGUUUGUAAAAAUAGAGUUGAUCGUCUGUUGAUGAUUAAACUUGAUAUUCACUAAUGUGUGAUUUGGUGUGUUUUAGACUGGAAGUUGUACUUGGAUGGAAGUGAAGUGUUUAUGAUAUAAUAUUUUGGAUAUAAGUUCGUAUAAUA